GGCUGAUAAGGAGGGGAGGGAGCAAACAGCUCAGUGGCACCCUCUGAACAGAGGCUGAGCACUCUUGGCCUCAGUCAGGCAACUGGAAAAGCCUUGUCCUAUGAAAUUGUAGCAGUUUUGGGAGAAAUGAACCAUGUGAAAUGCCAGGGGUAACAAUGGGGCUAUGAAAUGAAACAGCUUUUUAAGGCAAGCCUGGCAUGGAGAUGUUGCUUUUUACUGUAAUCAUGAAAGCAAGUUGAAUACAUUGGUACAGAAACUCCAUGACUUCUUGGCUCACUCAUCAGAAGAAUCUGAGGACGCAAACUCUCCUCCAGCAUUACCUAAAAACAAAAGUAUAGGUAAAAAUAGAGAACCUAAAGGAAGCCCAGCUUCAAUGGAGAACAACAGGGAUGAGGGAAGUAGUUCUUCAGAAAGAACCAAAUCAUUAGGAUUAUCCCGAUCCAAAAGGAAACCUACAGUUGUAACAAAAUAUGUUGGGUCAGACGAUGAACAAAUCGUAGAUGAAACUGUAAAUGAAGAUAUUUCAAAUGAGAACUCAGAGAAUGAUGUAGAUAUGCAAAGCUUGCCUAAAGGUACAGUGGUUGUACAGCCUGAGCCAGUGCUGAAUGAAGACAAAGAUGAUUUUAAAGGGCCUGAAUUUAGAAGCAGAAAUACCGUUAAAAUGAAACCUGAAGCUCCCAAAAAGCGUGGAGAAGAAGGACUCCAUGGAAUUGUGAGCUGUACAGCUUGUGGGCAGCAGGUGAACCAUUUUCAAAAGGAUUCAAUCUAUAGACACCCUACACUGAAGGUGCUUAUUUGUAAGACUUGUUACAAGUAUUACAUGAGCGAUGACAUCAGUCGUGAUUCAGAUGGGAUGGAUGAACAGUGUAGGUGGUGUGCUGAAGGUGGAAAUUUGAUUUGCUGUGACUUUUGCCAUAACGCCUUCUGUAAAAAGUGCAUUUUGCGCAACCUGGGCCGAAAGGAGCUCUCGACUAUCCUUGAUGAAAAUAACCAGUGGCACUGCUAUGUUUGCCAUCCAGAGCCUUUGUUGGACUUGGUCACUGCCUGUGACAGUGUCUUUGAAAAUUUAGAACAGUUACUUCAACAAAACAAAAAAAAGAUGAGAGUUGAAAAUGAAAAAAGUAAAAUAUGUGAUCACACAGUCAAGUUUUCUCCAAAGAAAAAUAAUGCAAAUUGUAAUGGGGAAGAAAAAAAACUAGAUAAUUCAUAUUCAGGUUCGCUAACGUAUUCUUAUAAAGCACUAAUGGUGCCAAAAGACUUGCUUAAGAAAACAAAAAAACUGGUUGAAACUACAACAAAUCUGAAUUCUAGCUUUGUAAGCUUUUUGAAAAACGCUGCAGAAAAUGUAGAAAUAAGCCCAACUGUGCAACUGUGCCAGCUGAAAGCUUUUAAAUCUGUGCUGAGUGACAUGAAAAAAGCUCAUCUGUCACUAGAAGAAGGCCUGAACCUGGAGAUUCAAGCAUUGAAUGUGAAAAUCAAAGAUAAAAAUACCAAAGAGAAAAAAACUGAGGUUAGAUCAGAAAAAAAUGAGGUGAAAAAAGAUGAAGGAAAGGAACAAGUCCCAUUAAAAGAGGAUGAUGCCGCACAGACACAGAAAAAAGUUGUGUUGGAGCAGCCUGACAAUGAGCCCAUGGAUCAAAGUGUUCCCUCAGUGGAACAGACAGAUAACAAGGCAGCUCCUGAGGAAGAGAAAAAAUCUGGCAGAAAUGAAGAACCGCAGUAUGAGCCCAAUAGUACAGAGGCUUUAGACAUGGAUAUUGUGUCCAUCCCCUCGUCUGUUCCUGAAGAUAUUUUUGAGACUCUGGAAUCUGCUAUGGAGAUACAGAUGCCAUCAGAUGAGCAGGACAGUGGAAACACAGCAGCAGAUCAUGAGACUCCAAACUCAAAUACAAAAUUAAACACUCCUGUGAAAGACAUCAAAGGUGGUACCAAAUUAAAAUCGUCAGCUAAAGGAACAAAAGAAUUGAUUGUAAAAUUGACUCCGGUUUCCCUUUCAGAGCCCACAGUUAAAGCUGACGAUCAAGACAGCAGCCUAGAAAAGGACAAUAAAGACAACGAUGCAUCUCAGGACGCUGAUGCAUCUCAAGAUGCUGAUGCAUCUCAAGACGAUGCAUCUCAAGCUGGGGCAGCAGACUGUGAUUCAGGGAAACAAAACCACAGUGCUGGCAGCGAGCCCUCCCCGGAGAACGACGCCGCGCCCGCAGACGACCCGGAUCUCCGGCGGUCGCCGCGCGUCAAGACCACCCCGCUGAGGCGCCCCACGGACAUGAGCCCCCUGACAUCCAACUCCGAGGAGGAGAGCAACGACACAAACAGUGACAAACGGAAGAAGAAACCAUCCAAGCAACCUGGGAAGAAAAACGAGAAAAGAAAUUCUUCUGACAGCACUGCUGAUGGUCCCGGUCCUGACAAACUUCCCAAAUCCAAAAAGCCAUAUGACUUAGAUCACAGCUCAGACUCUGAUGAGUUGCCAGCCGUCCUUAAAGAAGCAGGGAUGAUGAGUCGAAGCUCCUCAGACAGUGAGAGCAACAGUGAAGCGCCAGCAAAGAAUCAGAAAACUUCGGAUUUUCAAAAGAGUCAACCAGUGAAGGAUGAAAAUGGGAAACGAAAAAGGAAAAGUUCCAGUUCCGAUUCAGAUUUAGAUGCUAAAAGAGGCAAAUCAGCUAAAAAUGCUGCUGCUGCUAAAAAGAAACGACAAAACUACUCUGAUUCUUCAAACUAUGAUUCUGAGUUGGAAAAAGAGAUAAAAAUGUUGAGUAAAAUUGAUGAUGCAAAGAAAUCGAAGAAAAAAUUCUCACAAAAAGAUGAUAGUUAUGAUUCCUCUGAAGAAGAGCAGAGGAAAAAAGUAAGCAGUAAGAGAAAGGCAAAUCUGAAGAAAAAGAGGGGUAAAUCUUCUGAAGAUGAUGAUGCUGAGAAGUCUUCUCCAGAGAAGGAAAUGAAUCACUCUUCUAAAGAUAAAAAAACGGGUAAGAGGUCAGCUGCUAAGGACAAGAUAAACAGAGACUCAAAAGCAAAAUCUGCAAAGGGAAAACGUGAUCAAUCUUCUGAUACUGAGAGGUCUUCACUGGAGAAGGAGGAGAGUCCUGAAGUUAAGAAGAAGAAGGAUUUGAAAAAGAAAAAGGCAGAGGAUGAUUCUUCUUCUGAGAGUACUGAGAAAUCGGCAAAGAAAGAGCACAAGUCGGAAUCUUCAAAAGACAGGCUCAAGAACAAAAAAGGAUCAGAAAGCAAAGCAAAGAAAUCAGAAAAAUUGAAAAAGAAAGGUUUCAAGAAAGAGCAAGACGAGUCAUCUUCUGAUCUUGAUAAGUCAUCUGCAGAGAAAGGAAGUAGCCAUUCUUCUGAAAACGACAAAAUUAAAAAGGAACCUGUGUUUACAGAAAAGAGGAAAUUGAGAGAGAGAGUAGCUAAAAAAGUACACAUUGAUUUAUCCUCUGAUACUGAGAAAUCUCCCCAAAAAGAAGAGAGUUCUGAUGAUGAUGCCAUGAGGCGUAAAAAACGAACUGACACAAAAGAAAAGAAAAAAAUAAGCCACAAAAAGAAAAUUUCCAAGAAAGAACAGAAUGACUCGUACUCUUCUGAUGAGGAGUCUUAUGAAGACACUAAGAAAAAAGGUAAAAGAGGAUCAGCAAAAGAAAGUAAAAAGAGCAACUUAAAAAAGAAAGUGGCAAAAAAGAAGGUGGUUGUCACUUCCUCUUCCUCAUCUGAAGAAAAUGAAGAUCAGGAAGAAAAUGAUGAUCAGAAUUCCACAGGUGAUGGAAGCAGCGACGAGCAGAAGAUCAGGCCGGUGACCGAAAGCUUGAUGCUGUCUGCUGAUGCAGCAUUUUGUCAGUCAUCAGGAGAUGAGGCAGAGGCUCUGGCAAGGACUAUCCCAAUGGAGGAGGAGGAAGAUGAUGAUGAUGACGACCCUGAGAAUAGAAUUGCCAAGAAAAUGCUUUUAGAAGAAAUCAAAGCCAAUCUUUCCUCUGAUGAGGAUACGUCUUUGGAUGAGCAGCCGGAGGAGGGAAAAAAGAAACCUGCAAAGCAAACUGAAAACACAGGAGAUGAUGGAGAGAAGGAAAAGGAAGACAAGAAGUCUGAAAAGGAAGAAGGUGAUUCUGAGUCGGAUUCAGAGGAAGAGGAAACAUCCAAGAAGCCCAGAUACAGGCACAGGCUGCUGAGGCACAAGCUCACUGUGAGUGAUGGGGAGUCUGAAGAAGAAAAGAAGGUGGUGAAACCAAAAGACAAAAAGGAAGUGGGGAAGCGAAGAAAUAGAAGGAAAGUGAGCAGUGAUGACUCCAAUGACUCUGAGUUCCACGAGUCUGCAGUGAGUGAAGACGUCAGUGAGUCUGAGGAUGAGCAAAGGCCAAGGACAAGAUCUGCCAAAAAAGCUGAGGCAGAAGAAAACCAGCGCAGCUACAAACAGAAAAAGAAACGAAGGAGGAUAAAGGUUCAAGAGGAUUCAUCAAGUGAAAAUGAGAAUAAGAGUAACUCUGAGAAUGAGGACAAUGAUGACUCAAAAUCUCCUGGAAAAGGCAGGAAGAAAAUCAGGAAAAUUAUUAAAGAUGAUAAGCUCAGGACAGAAACACAAAAUGCUCUUAAAGAAGAAGAAGAAAGAAGAAAACGAAUAGCAGAGAGAGAACGGGAGAGAGAGAAGCUGAGAGAGGUCAUAGAGAUUGAAGAUGCUUCACCUCUGAAAUGUCCCAUUACAACCAAGCUGGUUUUAGAUGAAGAUGAAGAAACCAAAGAACCAUUAGUGCAGGUUCACAGGAGUAUAGUGACCAGACUGAAACCACACCAAGUAGAUGGUGUUCAGUUCAUGUGGGAUUGCUGUUGUGAAUCUGUAAAAAAAACCAAGACAUCUCCCGGCUCUGGCUGCAUUCUUGCUCACUGUAUGGGCCUGGGGAAAACAUUACAGGUAGUAAGUUUUCUCCACACAGUCUUGCUGUGUGACAAACUGGAUUUUCGGACAGCUCUGGUCGUGUGUCCACUCAACACUGCCUUGAACUGGCUGAAUGAGUUUGAAAAAUGGCAAGAAGGUUUAGAAGAUGAGGAAAAACUAGAUGUCUAUGAGCUGGCAACUGUGAAAAGGCCUCAGGAGAGGAGCUACAUGCUGCAGCACUGGCAGGAUGAGGGAGGUGUGAUGAUCAUUGGCUACGAGAUGUAUCGAAACCUGGCACAAGGCAGGAAUGUGAAGAGUAGAAAACUUAAAGAAAUAUUUAAUAAAGCUUUAGUCGACCCAGGUCCUGACUUUGUGGUGUGUGAUGAAGGACACAUAUUGAAAAAUGAAGCAUCUGCCGUCUCUAAGGCAAUGAAUUCUAUUAGAUCUAGGAGAAGAAUAAUUCUGACAGGAACACCACUGCAGAAUAAUCUCAUAGAAUAUCACUGCAUGGUUAACUUCAUUAAGGAGAAUUUGCUUGGCUCAAUUAAGGAAUUCCGGAAUCGAUUCAUCAACCCCAUCCAGAAUGGGCAGUGUGCAGACUCCACUCUGGUGGAUGUCAGAGUGAUGAAGAAACGUGCUCACAUCCUCUAUGAGAUGUUGGCUGGCUGUGUUCAGAGGAAGGAUUACACAGCCCUAACCAAGUUCCUGCCCCCCAAAUACGAGUACGUGCUCGAGGUGCGGAUGACCCCGAUCCAGUGCAAGCUGUACCAGUAUUACCUGGAUCAUUUGACAGGUGUAGGUGGUGGCAAUGAAGGUGGAAGAGGCAAAGCUGGAGCUAAACUGUUCCAGGAUUUCCAGAUGUUGAGCAGAAUCUGGACUCACCCUUGGUGUUUGCAGCUGGACUAUAUUAGCAAAGAAAAUAAGGGCUAUUUUGAUGAAGACAGCAUGGAUGACUUCAUAGCUUCAGAUUCUGAUGAAACCUCCAUGAGCUUAAGUUCUGAUGAUUAUGCAAAGAAAAAAAAAACCAAGGGGAAAAAGGUGAAGAAAGAGUGUAGCUCAAGUGGAAGUGGCAGUGAUAAUGAUGUUGAAGUCAUUAAAGUCUGGAAUUCAAGAUCUCGUGGAGGUGGAGAAGGAAUUGUAGAAGAUCUUACAAACAACCCUGCAUCAACAAAGUCAGAUGAAGGCAAAGCUACAUCCUCUUCCAAUCCUGGUAGCCCAGCUCCAGACUGGUACAAAGAUUUUGUCACUGAUGCAGAUGCUGAGGUGUUGGAACAUUCUGGGAAAAUGGUGCUGCUCUUUGAAAUUCUUCGAAUGGCAGAGGAGCUGGGAGACAAAGUCCUUGUGUUCAGCCAGUCCCUCAUAUCUCUGGAUUUGAUAGAAGAUUUCCUGGAGCUGGCUAACAGGGAGAAAUCUGAGAAAGAUAAGCCUCCUAUCUACAAAGGUGAAGGAAAAUGGUUCAGAAAUAUAGAUUAUUAUCGCUUGGAUGGCUCAACCACAGCUCAGUCCAGAAAGAAAUGGGCUGAGGAGUUUAAUGAUGAAACUAAUGUGAGAGGCCGCUUGUUUAUCAUAUCCACCAAAGCAGGUUCCCUGGGAAUAAACCUGGUGGCUGCUAACAGAGUCAUCAUCUUUGAUGCCUCUUGGAACCCCUCCUAUGACAUCCAGAGCAUCUUCAGGGUUUAUCGCUUUGGCCAGAACAAGCCUGUGUUUGUCUACAGGUUUUUGGCUCAGGGAACCAUGGAGGACAAGAUCUACGACCGGCAGGUGACGAAGCAGUCGCUGUCCUUCAGGGUGGUGGACCAGCAGCAGGUGGAGAGGCAUUUCACCAUGAACGAGCUCACUGAGCUCUACACCUUCGAGCCAGACCUGCUGGAUGACCCCAACUCAGAGAAGAAGAAGAAGAGGGACACCCCCAUGCUGCCAAAAGACACGAUCCUGGCAGAGCUGCUCCAGAUCAACAAGGAGUACAUAGUUGGGUACCACGAGCAUGAUUCACUCCUGGACCAUAAGGAGGAAGAGGAGCUCACUGAAGAAGAGAGGAAGGCAGCCUGGGCAGAAUAUGAAGCAGAAAAGAAGGGCAUGACCAUGCGUUUCAACAUGCCAACAGGGACCAACACAAUGCCCACAAACUUCAACUCCCAGACAUAUAUUCCUUACAAUUUGGGUGCUCUGUCAGCAAUGAGUAACCAACAGCUGGAGGACCUCAUUAAUCAAGGAAGAGAGAAGGUGGUGGAAGCAACCAACAGUGUGGCUGCAGCAAGAAUCCAGCCCCUUGAAGACAUCAUUUCAGCCAUAUGGAAAGAAAACUUGACCCUGACAGAGAGCCAGGUGCAGGCCUUGGCCCUGAACAGGCAGGCAAGCCAGGAGCUGGAUGUGAAGCGCCGAGAAGCCAUUUACAACGACGUCCUCGGGAAACAGCAGAUGUUAAUCGGUUGUGUCCAGAGGAUCCUGAUGAACAGGCGGCUCCAGCACCAGUACAACCAGCAGCAGCAGCAGCAGAUGUCCUACCAGCAAGCAGCCAUGGGCCACCUCAUGAUGCCAAAGCCUCCAAAUUUGAUCAUGAAUCCUUCCAGCUACCCAGCCAUAGAUGUGAGAGGAAUGUAUCAGUCAGUGUCCGGUGGGAUGCAGCCACCACCCCUACAACGAGCACCACCCCCAAUGAGAGGCAAAAAUCCAGGGCCUUCCCAAGGGAAAUCAAUGUGAUUUUGCACUAAAACCCUAAAGGAUUGUUAAAAUCAGAGAAAGAACUUUUAUUUUUUUAGGAAUCAAUGGCCUAACAGAACUCAACUGUAAAAAAA